AUAGCGAGGGUGGGAUUAUGGCUUUGAUGGGCUCGGGUUUCGUCCAAUGACUGCAGAGGAAUUGAGUGACUGACAGCUGCCUAACCAAUGGGAUUGACGCUAAUCCAGUGCUACUGCUUGAGUUCGUGCAACCCUGUGAAGCGCUAUGAAACGGGACACCUCCGAGCGCUGAGCGGACUGAGAAGUUGAUCGACACGAGUAUUGUCCAAUCACAGCACUGAGAUUGAAUGACUGACAGCUGCUUAUCCAAUAGUGUUUCGGGAAUUGAGAGCGAGAAGGCGGGAGGAGGGGGAGCAGUAAAGCUGCGCAGGAGGACGCAGGAGCAGCUCCUGGCUGGUGAUGGUGAAGAUGGCGGAUGGGGACAGUGGGAGUGAGCGCGGUGGAAGCAGUGGCGGCGGAGGAGGGGGUGGAGGCGGCGGCUUUCCGCACUUCCAGCGGGACCAGGAGACCCAGGAGCUGGCCUCCAAGCGGCUGGACAUCCAGAACAAGCGCUUCUACUUGGACGUGAAGCAAAACUCGAAGGGUCGGUUCAUCAAGAUCGCUGAGGUCGGCGCUGGGGGCUCGAAAAGUCGGCUGACACUUUCCAUGUCGGUCGCGGCGGAGUUCCGCGACUACCUGGGGGAUUUCAUAGAGCACUACGCCCAGCUGGGGCCCAGCACCGCGGAGCAGAUCGCUCAGUCUUCGGGCGGAGAGGACGGCGGGCCUCGGCGGGCCUUGAAGAGCGAGUUUCUGGUGCGGGAGAACCGUAAAUACUACCUCGAUCUGAAGGAGAACCAGCGGGGGAGGUUCCUCCGGAUCCGCCAGACCGUCAACCGCGGGCCCGGCUUCGGGGUCGGCGGCGGAGGAGGCGUGCCCGGCGGGGGCGUGCAGUCCGGCCAGACCAUCGCCCUCCCGGCUCAGGGACUGAUCGAGUUCCGCGACGCGCUGGCCAAGCUGAUCGACGACUACGGCGGCGAGGACGACGAGCUGGUCGGCGGAGGAGGCUGCGGCGGCGGCGGAGGCUACGGGGAGCUCCCCGAGGGCACGUCGAUCACGGUGGACUCCAAGCGCUUUUUCUUCGAUGUGGGCUCCAACAAGUACGGGGUGUUUCUGAGGGUGAGCGAGGUCAAGCCCAGCUACAGGAACUCCAUAACGAUACCGUUCAAAGCCUGGAGCAAGUUCGGGGGCGCUUUCUGCCGCUACGCCGAGGAGAUGAAGGAGAUCCAGGAGAGGCAGAGGGAUAAGAUGUACGAGAGGAGAGGAGGUGGAGGUGGAGGUGGAGGAGGAGGUGGAGAGGAGUCGGAGGGAGACGACGUUGACGAUGACUGACCAACCGGCCGAUUAAUCGACUGACUGGUCGAUUGAUCGAUCGAUCCAGUCAGCUGGUCUGUUGUUAUUGUGUUUCUGACAACUCCGCGAGGCGAGAAAAGAAAAUAAAAGAAUAGAGAUGGGUCAUCCAGGUCCAGACAGUGGCAAAAAACAACCAAAAAUCCAGCCCAGGAUUUGGCUCCAGCUGCCCGGACCUGGGUCACCCAUCUCUGAUGAUGAUGAUGAUGAUAAUAAUAAUAAAAAAAAAUAAUAACGUGCAUGACGAAUCGAACUUUAGUGCUAAAAAAGAAAACUAUGGCGAAUAAAAGUUGUAAGACUGAGAAAACGAAUAAAAAAAAACAUAAAAGUUCUUGUUAAAAGCAGUGUAGAUGAGAUAUAUGGAUGGCUAGCUAGCUUGCUAAACCACUUCUCUAGCUAGCUAACUAAGAAACAUGCCCAUGUGGGAGCCACGCCCUGGAUGGGGUAACUAGCCCAACUGACAACCUGAAAGUUUUGUUCAUGACCUCCAUGUUGGCCUAGCUAGAUGGGACCCAUGUGAGAAUAAGGUGGGCUCUAAUGAUGAGAAACAUUUAUUUAGAAGGCUUAAGUGGUAACCAAACAGAGACCAACUGAGCCCCACAUAUAGAUGUCCACCAGGAUAAGAGAUUAGACCAGGAAGGGUCAAUUAAUGUAGGUUGGCCCCAUGUAGGUUGUAAACUGCUGCAUAUGGGAUCUAGGUAAAUGGGACCCAUGUAAAAUUAGGGCAGGCUGUAAUGAUGGGGAACAAUAAUGGGAAAUCAGCUGGCAAACAAAGUUUUGUUCAUAGUCUUCAUGUUGGCUCCAAACAUGGAUGUCUACCAGGUUCAGUGUUUAGACCUGAAGGGGUUAAACAUGAGCACCAUGUAGCUCAUGUUUAAGCUAGCUGGAUUGUACAUUGCACUCGAGGCAUAGCUAGAUGGGUCCCAUACAAGAAUAAAGUGGGCUUUAUUUACCAGUGACAAAACGUGUGAGUUACAAACCUACUCAGAGCCAACGCCCACACGUGUGAGCCCUAUGAGCAUGUUGGAAGCUGAGCAUGUAGCUAAUGAGCUGCAUUAGAGGCAAAGCCUUCUUGGAGAUUGUUUUGGUGCAACCUAGUGUUAAGUGUUAUGGAGAUUUUUGUUCUAAAAGCAGUGUAGAUGAGCUGACAUGCUAACUAGCUUGCUAUAUCACUUUUCACUAGCUAACAUGUCCAUGUGGGGCCUGUAUGAGUAUCCCAGCUGAGAAUCAGAAAGUUUUGUCUGUGUUAAGACCAGGAUGGUAAAACAUGUACAUUGCUCAUGGGCUCUAGCUUUGGGGAACUCAGCUAACUGGGUCCCAAAGACAUAACAUGUGAAUUAAAAUCUCACUUAGAGCCUAUGUACACCACCCAUGUGAGCCCCACAUGAGCAUGUCAGCAGGGUAGCUAGCUUAGUGGCCUAGUUGUCUGGAAGGUAUUUUUGGUGCAACUGAGUUUAUCUGUUAAAACCCUCCUUAAACUGUUUUUAGUGUGCUCAUGGAGUCAAAUGGUGGGAGUACAGUUUUGUGUACGGGUUACAUGUUGGACCACACAUAUGGAUGCCCAACAGGGUCAGUGGUUAGACCAGCAGGGGUUAAACAUGGAUUCCAUAUAACUAGAUGGGUUGUACAUUGCUAUAUGAGAUUAGGGUGGGCUGUUAUGAUGUUACUUAUUUGGAAAUCCCAACUUGCACACACAAACUCUUACGUGUGCCCCACAUGAGCAUGUUAGCAAGGUAGCUAGCUGCAGUAGAGGCCUAGUCGCCUGGAAGAUCCUUUUGGUGCAACCCGGUUUUAAAUGUUAUGGAUAAAAAAAAAAAGAAACAAGAAACUCCCUUACCCAUUAAAAUCCUUCAAACUGUUCUUAGUGUGCUUAUGAACUCAAAUGGGCGUACAGUAUUACUUGGAGAAAAAAAAAUAAGAAAAAGAGAAAAAAAGAUAAGAGAUUAUUUAGUGUGCUUGUGGUGUGUUAGCUACCAUACCGGACAGAAGACCAGCAUUGAUUGAUUAUAAAGUGACAUGUGGAUUCCAUAGAAAGCCAAUUCAGGAGGUUUCUUUUUGCUGAUGUAUUUAUUACAUUUUGGAUCAAAUUACUGAGUCGUAAGUUGGAUCGUCGUAACUCUUGGGUGCAGUUCAAGCCUCAGCUUGGACAUUUGCAGUAUAUAAAGCCACAUAAUGUGGAACAAUUCAACCAGAAAGGUGCUAUGAACCUCUCACCACCUCCCUUAAGCAUCAGCAGAGGUUUCUUACGUUCUCUUCUUUUAAAAAAAGAAAUCUUAUUUUCUCUUGUCAGGAAAGAACAGACAGGAUUCAGACCUGUCCUAGGGACGAGCGUAUAUACUAAUUCAUUGGAGAAUGUGCUUACAGAGAUGGUGGGGGAUUGACAAAGCACACCAAGCCUACAGGUUGGCCGUAACCUCUGCUGAUUUAGAAGAUACUGAUGAUGCCACCUUGCUCUUAAAUUGCAGUGGUUAUUAUCAUGGAUACUGGGUUUCAUUGUGUUUAAAGGGAAUGACAUUGGCCUGUUUUGGACCAGUGCUUUGGACAUUAUGCAUACAAAGCACUGGUAGUUUAGUAUCAGUCUUGGAUUGAUUGAUUGUCAAAUUAGAAGUUUUUGAAUUAAGAAUAUAAGGAGUGCUUUCAGGCAUUAACUGGAAAAGAGAUGAGAUUAAACUAAAAAAAAAAACACCCAGCAGGGGUUAAAGACUUAUUUUUAAAAAUGAUAUACAGAAAUAUAUAUAGAAAUAUAUUUAUAUAUAGGAAUAUAGAAUCAAUUAUAAAUGCUUCCUGAACAGGCUUAUUUAAACAAAUCUCGGAUGCAAUUAUCCGGUGGGAUAUUUCUUACUGUUGUUUCCUUAACUUUUACUAUGUUCCUUAUGGACGAAAGGCCAUAAGAAUAGAAAAUUAUAGAAUUCAAAAUAGACACUAUUUAAGAUGCUUUAAAUUCAGUUUAGUUUAUAUCAUGUCUCUCUGCCAGCAAAAUAAUUUGACAUACGUUUUUUUUCUCAUCCCCCCCUAAAUAUUUUUUUUGACAUUCUUAUUACCUGUAUUUAAACAAUCACAAGAUAUUAUUUGAUCAUCCAAAACGACAGCCAAAAAAAUCAUCAGUCCACUGCGAUUUUCCGUGGUAUAUUCAAGUGCAUGCCUGUUACAGUUUACAACCGCCCCACUGUUCCCUUUUUAUUGUUUUUUUUAACCUGUCAAAUUACUGUAUUAUCUGUUAACACAAGUUUUAUUUCUCUCAAGAGAAAAAGGAGCAAGCUGUUACUUAAUUUCACAAAAAAAAUGUCACACUUUUUGUUUUCUUUGCACAUUUCUCAGAUCCGAUAUGUGAAACCUUCCUUGAUCCUUUUUCUUUUGGUUUUUGGUUUGAAGCCCUCGAAACAGCAAAGAGUUUGUCAUAAUCCACACCACCGGGAAGCAAUAGUAAUUUUCUACUACUUUUAAAAAUCUGUUUGAGUUUGGACUUCAGUCUUUUCUGUACCGUGUCCUGUGACAAAGGCAGCUGUUCAGUCCAGAUCGUUCUGCUGUACCUAAUUCUCCACAGACCUUUCAACAAUAAAGAAAAAUUCUUUGCUGAGGAAA